GUCUACUACUUUAUUAUAGAAUUUGAUCCAAGAGAGCUUGAAACACGUUCUAGAAGGAUGGCGCAAGAAGCGAUUAAAUUUGAGGAAGGAUGGUCCUACUUGCAGAAAGGUAUUACCAGACUGAUAAGACAUCUAGAAGGAGAGCCUGAACAGGCACUUAAAACUCAGCACUGUAUGGAACUUUACAAGUACGUUGGUCGUCUUAUCACUGCCUACCAUAUGUGCACCCAGAAACCUGAUUACUCACAACAGCUUUACGAUAAGUAUCGCGAAGUGAUUGAAGAUUAUACUAUGCAAACGGUGCUACCAUCUUUAAGGGAGAAGCAUGAUGAAUAUAUGUUGAGAGAGCUUGUUAAGAGGUGGAAUAACCAUAAACGUAUGGUUAGACAGUUAGCCAUAAUCUUUGGUUAUCUUGAAGGACACUUUUUUCCUUGGAAACGCAUAAAUUCAUCACUGAGGGAAGUUGGCUUGAUAUACUUCCACGACCUGGUUUACCAUGAGAUGCAUUCCCCGGCCACAGAAGCUGUAAUAGCACUUGUAAGGUAUUGGAAUCUUUAAUGAAAAAAAAUACGGAUUCUUGAUUUUUCUAUCUAACAAAAAUUUGUAUUACCC